AUGGACUCGACACUGCGGACAGCAUACAACCCUCAAGCACCUCUCGUCCAGCCUACCACCUCCUUCCAUCCCUCUUCCUCGACCCCCAACCCUUCAACCGGGCAGUCGAACAUGGCAGCCCAGGCUCAAAGUACCCUAGAAGUCGCAUCGAAUGCGACCAGCCAGGUGUUCUCACCCUCGCUUCAAUCUGCCUGUUCCCCGCAGACCUCCGCCCCUCCCAUGCAACCCUUGUCACAGGCAUUUGGCAACACAUCCAACCCGAGUACCAUUCCCAUCGCCCCCGCAGUCAACACCCAAGCAUUAUUACCUAUGAAUGCAGCCCCCGCUCCGGCGCCCACUUCCGAUGCCUAUCCCCACCAGAUAAAUGGUCUCGGGGGUCCAACUGCCACAGCGCCCUUUCUGCAGGAUUUCAAUCUCGUCGCCGAGGCAGCCAAGCGUGCUCAAAUGGGUAUUGUCAUGCGGGAUCUCGAGAGCGUGACUCUAUGA